AUAGGAAUCACCGUAUUGGCUUAUCUGUAAGUAAUAUUACCAUUUUGGGAUAUAUGUUUUUUUUCUUUUUUUUGCAACAAUCUUCGCUAAAGUUGAGGGGGCGUCUGCGACUAAAAGCUGCAGGACACCCACAUUUGCUAACAAACUUAUUACUAAACCCCUAAGAGAUACAAUUAAGUACACUACUAACUUAUCGAAACACAUACUUUAAGUCUUAGUUAGUAACACAGCGAUGAAUUCAUCUGAUAACCUGCCAAUUCUUUACUUGAAUGAUGAUAACAUUCCCCAUGUUUCUGUAGUUUCUACCGAACCAAAUCCAAUCUAUUCAGGAGAUAAGUAUACUUUUGUUAAUGAAAACAUAUUGUUUAGAAGACUUGGAGGAUUUAAUGAAAUCAAAGGAUUUCAAGCCAAAGCUUUGGGAUUGACAGUUGGAAAUGAGAUGUAUAAACUGAUUGAUUCAUCUAAAGAUGAUAUAACUACAUCAGAUUUACUUAGAGUUCAUUUAUUAAGAAUCUUAUUAACAAUCGCAAUUUUCAUUCAAAUGAGAUUGUUAUUCAUUGAUAAUUUUUGUAAUGAAUUAAAAGAAAUGAUUAAUAUAUUUUGGCUAGAUUUAUGGUGUGUAUCUAAAUUAGAAUCAGAAGCAUUAAGUUUUGGAAUUUACUUUAUUAAUGAUAUCUCUUGUUCAGUAAUUUUUACAAAGAAUUUAAUCUAUAAUAUUCCUACAGUAUUUUAUAGAUUGAUUAUUAAUAAUAUUCUUAGUAAUAAUCCAUCUUCAGGAUUACAAAAUUUUAAUGCUUCAAUUCCUCAAGAUUUCUUACCUAAAUCAAUAACCUUAUUAUUAGAGAUUAACAAUGACUUAGUAUCUCCACCACCAGAAAUUCCUCAACCUUAUUUAAAUGCUGAUAAGAAAAUUACAGUCCCUGAUAAGAGAGAAAUUCAACAUGCUUUAUCAAUUAGAAAUGAAUAUUUUACUCAUAAGAGUGUUUAUUGUGCAGCAGAGAAAGUCAGAUUAUCAAGUGAAAUUGCCCGAUUUGUAACUUGGUGUGCACUAAUUCCUUCAAUAAAUACCAUCAAUAUAUUUGAAAGAUUUGGACUUCUUUGGGAUAAUAUCGCAUAUCUUGAUGUAACAUUAGAACAAUUGGGAAAUUCCAUUCUUAAUGAAUUAAGUUCCUUUGCUAAUGGUUGUUAUGUUCAUGAGUUGGAAGAGUUAAAGACAACCCUUCCUAGAAUUACGUUAGUAGAUGUUAUAUCAGGAAAGGCUUAUACAAUCAAUGAAGAAAAUAUCCAUAAAAAGUUUCAUGAAUUAGAAGAUAUAGAUGAUGGUAUUGAAAGUUUAAUUAGUUCUUAUACGGAUAAUAGAGAAUUAAUUGUUAAUUUAUGUGAUGGUAGAAUGAGAGAAGAUGCAAUAAUUAAUUUUAUUAAAAAUUCAGCUGAUGAAGUUGAAGAUAUUGAUGUAAUCCAAACAUUACGUGAAGUUAUUCCAAGUACUCCAGAUCUUAUUAUUGUACCAAACAAAUCGAAUAUUGAACCUCAGAAAACUUUUGGUUAUAUAUCAAUUAAUGAUGAAACUGAUAAAGUCCCCAUAGUUUAUUUUUCUAAGACCAGAUUCGGAUUUACUUUCUUCGUUAGAUCUCUCUAUUAUUUUGCCCUAAAUAAUGAUAUCACAGAAGCUAAUAUUGUGAAUUUUGUUAAUGAAUCAAAUGACAGACACUUGGAAUCACAUGAUCUGUCAUUAAAUUUAGUAGGAACAACUGGUUAUGCUUCUCAAAACACAACAAUUCCAGGGCAUUAUAUGAUCAAAUUUGUUAGAAGAAUGAGAAGUUUAAGAUUGUUUGAUGGUAAUUCUAGUCGCUUAAAUAAUAAUAAUAAUAAUAAUAAUAACGGCGACGAUAAUGAAAUUGAACCAGAAAUCAUUCAAUACGAUAAUGAACCUAAUAUCUUAUUAAGUUCUGCUGAAUUAUAAACUGGUGGUGUCCUGGUCUAAGUAUUGGUAUCUAAAAUUAUUUUUCUAUUGUAUUGCUAUCUCACUAAUUUGCUGCUAAAUUAUGCUCGCUAUGGAUUGCUGUAAAAAAUAGAUUUGCGUGUAAAGCCAUGCCAGAAAACAGAAUCGGAG